GACACGACCACCUGCUGGGGAGACGGGACUUUUCUGAGAACAGCCCACCUCAGGCUGCCUCCCAGAGGGAGGUACUACGCAGAAAUUUCAACUGAAAACCAUUUAAAUACUGCACACCAUGGGGAUGGCAAGCCAUAAAUGGAUUUGAGAGAGAAAGUCCCCAAGCUCUACCCCUUAGUUAAGAAAGGUUCCCUACACGAUUUACUAUGGCCUGUGUAAACUGGCAUAUAGUCAUCUCUGUAGCCAUUGUUGUGACUGUCAAAGCUGUUGGCACAACCUUUUUUCUCCUUUAUUUGCCACAGAUAUUCCCUCCUGUCCUUGAAGAAAGCCUCAACUCUACCAGCACAGAAAGAAGCACAACAGUGCCAUGGAUAUCUUCCACUACCUUUGAAGAUAACUCCAAUUACCCCACCACUGAAAACAGCAGAACUGUUCGAUCGACCUCACCUGCCACCUCUGAAGGGAACUACAGAUACAUCACUCCAGAGAACAGGGGAACAGGCUGCCCCAUUCGGUGGGAUCUUUAUAAGGGGAGAUGCUAUUUCUUCUCCACCAAUGAAGAAAACUGGAACAAUAGUCAUGUUCGAUGCUCUAAUGAAGGGGCUACACUGGCAAUUAUCAACAACACGGAGGAGCAGAAGUUUCUCCAGGAGAGAGCUGGUUUAGAGGUGUAUUUCAUUGGCCUUCGAUACCAGCAUUCACAAAAAAGGUGGAAGUGGAUCGAUGGUUCAGGAUUCCAGGUUAACUUUACAAACUACGUGCCACAUUUUGACUGCGCGACUGUAGGGCUGAGUCCAACCAUGGACAAGUCAUCUUGUGAGAUUUCCCAUCGAUGGAUAUGUGAGAAGAAAGCCUCGUAAUCCCCAUUAUUUUGGCACGGCUCCCUAAGGUGAGGAGAGAGGGACAUGCCUCCUACACACACACUAAGGCCAUGGAGCCAUGGAGAGAAGUGCCUCUCAGACCUCCUCUUCACUCAGUGAAACACCUAUGAAAUUCUGAAGCUAUCCAGGAGGUAAUAAAUCAUUGUCUCUGGACUCAGAAGAGAUGGCAUUGGUUAGAGGUGGAAAGGCCCAGGACUUAGAAAAAGAGAUUUGAAGGCAGAGGUUCGUGAGAAAAAAAUUCAACAAGUGCCUUUUAUCGUUCUAUAAACUUGCUCAUCCUAAGCUUAUGUACUUUAUUUUUAUUUUUUUUUCUUAAUUACCUGAUAAAACUUUUCCACACCA